AUGUCUCAUUAUCUUGCCUAUCGCCGUCUCCUUGAGCUUCGUCCUGCACUCGAAUUGCUCGUAACGAAGCAUGAAGCUGAUUUGAUAUCAGGUGGAGAUGCACGCUCACGCAAAAAGACUCAAACAGCCAUUGCAACAAUCAAAAACGCAACAUUUUGGCAUGCAUUAGCACGGUAUGGUGCAAAAAUAAAUUUCAAAAUCAGAACUAAUGCUCUCUGUAGAUGGAAAACGUUGCUGGAGCCAAUUUCCCUCAUGACGAACGUUCAUCAAGCAGCUCAGGCAAGACCCGAAAACGUCGCAAUUUCAUUCGGUUUUCUGCACUUUCGCUACUCCAAGAUUGACAACGACACUGAUCUUGCAGCUCGUAUGGCAGUUCUUGCAAGCAUUGAGCGCCGCUGGGGACAGUGCGACCAGGAGGUCUUUAUUGCUGCCAUCAUCGUGAAUCCUUUCUAUAAGGUUUCUCCAUUCCAGAAUGUACCCCUCACAACGCGUGCGGGGCUUGCAACACUGUUUGCACGUCUUUGGCGCCGUUUUUACAACACUAACGAUAUACCACUCGAUCUUUAUACAGACUUGGACGACUAUUUGAAUAGCUCCCAUGACUUCGCAUUCAUGGACAACUACAAGCUUUCACUGUUAUAUCGCGCAGAGAAGGAGGGUGUUUCAGUCGAUCCGAUUGAUAUAUGGACAGGACUGUCACAUCCUGGUUCAGCACGCCGGCCACUUCAUACUAUUGCCCAACGUCUUCUCUCGAUUUGCCCAAAUUCUGCCUCUUGUGAACGCCUGUUUAGCAUGUUUGGCGCAAUCCUCACAAAAUGGCGCAAUCGGCUCUCAACUGAGACACUCACCCUUCUGGCAGAACUCAAGAUGUAUGUUCACGAAGAGCAUGUACGCAACGAUGUGGUCAAGAAGCGGCUUCAACGCCGGUACUGUGACACCGAGGCCACUGACAAAGCAGAGCCUACUCAAGUAGUUCAUGCAGUUGGCGACAAUCUAUCAGGAGAAAGCAGCGAACGGGAGCCACGCAGCCUCGCUUUCGAUAGGCGAGGGAUAAGUGAUGUUGCAGCAGACCUUAUCCGAGCCGUUCAGGAGGAGGAGGAGAUUUCCACCACAGAAUCAAUGCACUCAGUCCCCAUUGGUGCUGCUGGUGCCAGUGGUUCAUUCUCCCGCAUUGCUAUCAGUGACUUACUCGACUAUUCUCGUGCGGAGGAAUGGUUGGGAUCUUUUUAUAAAGUCGCUAUUCGAGGUUUGGAUGCUGAGCUUGAGUUAUAUGAACUUCUUGACUUAGAUGCCGAGGGAAUUGAUGAUCCAGACUUUCCUCAAGUUGAUGAUGUUCUUGACGAGUAG